CCAACCAACCAACCUUCGUAAAAAAAUAAAUGUGGCUGUUUUAAUUAUUUAAAAAAUUACAAAAAAACAACUACCAAAAUGAUCAAUAUCCAGACAAUACAACAUGUCGCAGACUGUGUACCUUUGUAUCUGCCGCACAGUCUUUAUCUCAAGCCGGUGGCCAAGAUGAAAAUAUCGGUGGCUUUGCCCAACCACAAAACGGGCAAAUCCAUUUCCAAUUUGGACAUUAUGGAAAAAUUAAGUCAAACAUUGAAGCCCGACAAGUUUCUGGUCUUAAAGGUAUCCAAAAGUACCGUCGAUUUUAUACGUUUCGAUGGCGAACUAGACGAUAGAGCUCGCCUACGUUCGGCUAUUAAUCGUUUGGAUGGUACUUCCUUAAAGAUAAUGGGAUUCCAUGAGGGGUUCCGUGUAAGGGCCUCUGAAACUAAAGAUGAGUUUCCCACACGUCAUGAUUGGGAUUCCUUUUUUAGGGAUGCUCAUAAUAUGGAUGAAAUGAAGGCUGGCGAAAGACCAGAUACCAUACAUUUAACGCAUUUACCUAUUAAAUGGUUUUGCCCCAGGCAUAUGGAGAACGAAGAAAAUAUCAGGCCUUCGGAGAGUAUAUUCAAGCGUAUUUUUGAGAAAUUCGGCAGUGUACGAUGUGUGGAUAUACCUAUUUGUGAUCCUUAUCGCAGUAAAAUGAAUGCCGAUAUAAAUGGCAUGAAAACUUUCAGUUUUGAACAGGAUGUUUUAUUUGAAGCUUAUGUACAAUUCGAUGAAUAUGUGGGCUUUGUUCGGGCCAUGGAUGAGUUUCGCAGCAUGAAGUUGGUGCGUAAGUUUGUGGACAAGACCCAGGCAAUAAAUAUUACCGUAAAUUUUGACACCUCCAAGCAUUUAAGUGAAGCUCAAAUGUUGCGACGUGAAAGGGUACGUAAACGUUUGAUAGCUAAGGCCAAGGCUGAGGAGGAAGAAAUUGAGAAACAAAAGAAGUUGGAACAGGAAAAAUUGGAACAACAAAGGCAACUAGAAGAACAAGCCAAAGUAGAUGAAUUGGAAAAGCAAAGAGAGCGUGAAGAAAAACGCAAAGAAAAACAUCUCAAGAAGAUCCAAGAAAAAGGACAAGUGGAAAUAACUCAAAAGAUACGAGUGGAAGAAAGAAAACUCAUGAUAGCCCAAAGGAAAUUGGAGAGUAUCAGGAUAUUGGAAAAGCUAUUUGAUAGAAUGAAGCUUAAACACAUGGUCAAACAGCAUGGCUCCACCACCUCACGCAAAUACCAGCUGGAUAUGCAGCGUGACUCUAUGCGUGAACGUUUAGUGGAGAAAUACAAAAUUGCUACUGAGAAACUUUUAAGUGAUCAACGCAAAAAAGUGGAUGAUAUCAAGAAUAAUACUCCCUUAAUGGGUUUGCUGAAAAGUAAAAAAUCUAAACGGACCAAUGAUACGGAUGAUGAAAAUCAAAAAAAAAAUAAUCCUUUAGCCACACCUUUAGUACCAGGCGCUGUGCCUGCUAAUGCUACGGCUGACGGUAUGAAUAAUUUGAAUCCUUUUAAAACUAUGGCCGCCAUGGGAGCUGCUGCCAAUUACAAUCCUGAAGCGGCCAGUGAAUGGAUGAAAUCUUUGUCUAUGCUGUCUUAUGGUCCUUCCAUGUUCCCGGGCCUGGGCAUGUAUCGUCCACCCUCGUUUCCGGUGUCGGUUAAUUAUCGUGGCUUUGCACCGCGCAUGCGAGUUCGUGGUAGAGGCCGUGGACGUGGUCGUGGCGGCUAUGAUGGCCAGUCUUCGUCUUCAUAUAAUCAUAAAUAUUACAACAAUCAUGAUAAUAGAGAUAAUCGUUAUGACGAUGAGGAUGGCGGCAGUGGAAGUUAUCGUAAAUAUUCGAGAGGAAGACACUAUUCCCGUUCACGUUCUCGGUCCCGUGACCGCCGAUCACGUUCUCGAUCCCGUUCCAGAUCGCGAUCCGUAUCUCGCAGUCGUUCACGUCGCACUCGUUCACGAUCACAUGGUCGUUCGCGACACUACUCAAAACGUUCAAGAUCGCGAUCACGCAGUCGUUCUCGUUCUUACACCACAUCCGAGUCUCGAUCACGUUCGCGAUCUCGUGUCAAGUCCAGAGAUGAUAAAAGUCGUAAAUCUCGUUCCAAAUCAGCCGGACAACAGAGUGGCACACAGCAAAAAACCCUGGAGAAAGGUAACAAAAAACUAGUGUCCACCAGACGAUCACGUUCUUCUUCGGAUUGGUCACGAUCGCGUUCACACUCACGAUCACGCUCAAAACGUUCUUGGUCUAAACGUGGUGGAGGCGGCAGCAAAGAUAGACGUUCAUCGCCACCCCGUAAAGUAGUCAUUGAGACUGACAAACUAGUAAAAUCGGCCGAGGAAAUUAAACGGACAAUUGAGAAGGGCAUGCAGGAUCGCAUGCGCGAAGAAGAGCGUGAAAUUAAAGAAACUUUCAACAAAAGCCAUAAGCAAGUGUUGGCCCAUAAUGCCGCCUUAGCGGAAAAUCUUUUAGCAGCGGGCGUAGAUAGUGGUUUCGGUACAGCUGAACAUUCGGCAGCAGAAUCUUCGGUAAACACCUCAGGGCAAGAGAAAGAAGACGCCCACAGAACCAAACACCGUGGUGAAGAAGACCAUGAGAAUGACAAUGAUGAUGAUGACUAUAACGAGGAGGCACAAAAACAUAAGAAAAAGUCACGUUUCGAUAGACGUAAUUCAUCGAUAGAACGUCAAGCAACCUCCUCCAGACGCGACUCUCUAGAACAACGUUACAAAUCUAGACGUAAUUCCUCUUCGGAACGUUCUCAAGCCCGUGAAAGGCGUGAAUCGUUAGAACGAGAACAAAAUUCUUCCUCCAGGCGCACAUCAACGAGACGUAACUCAUCGGAUAGAGAAGAUUCAAAUUGUUAAAUGAUUUAACAAUGUUUAGAUUUAAGUUUUUUUUUUUUCAAAUAAUUUCCUCUAUAUUAUUUUUAUUUUAUUUAAAGUAUUUUGUGCAUAUAUAUAUAUUAUUAUAUGUAAUUUAAGAGAAAUAUAGAGAGAUAUAGAGACACAAUACAA